UUUUACCGUUUUCAUAAUGCCCGCGUGACUAGGGUUUGAAGAGGUAGCUAAAAACAGCAACCCAAUAAAAAAUGUCGAUGCAGUUGGACUUUGGUUUUAAGGAUGAAGUUAAUUCAUUUCUGAAUGAUAUUAGGGAAAGCAAAAUGGGCUCAUUUGAAGUGGCUAUGCGUACAGUUCUUGUUAUGAGAAAACUUGUUGGAAGCACAAAAUGGUCGAAUGCAAAAGAAUUAAUUGAGUUGAUUCGGAAGGUGGGGAAGUAUCUUACACUGACUCUUGAAUUUGAAGGUUUGGUGCAGAAUAUUAUUCGGAGAAUAUUGAAGAUUGUUCGUGAAGAAUAUGCUGAAAAUAUUGGCAACGAAGAUAACAGUGGUGCAGAGUCACUGCAAAACAUCCUAAUGAUAAAUAAGAAGGAAGAAGAUGAUUUAACUCAAACUACUCAUGGCUUGAAAUCGGUAGUUAUCGACGCUAUUAACGAGUUCAUUAGUGAAUUGGAAACCUGUCGAGAAAAUAUUGCAGGACAAGCACUGGAAUACAUUCAUUCUAACGAAAUCAUUAUGACUCUAGGUUAUUCUCGAACAGUAGAGAAGUUUUUAAAAAACGCUGCACGAAAACGGAAAUUUACCGUGGUUGUUGCAGAGAGUGCUCCGUUUUUUGGUGGUCAAAAACUAGCUGUAAGUUUGGCUGAAAGUAAAUUAUCUACAACAGUGAUUGCUGACUCAGCAGUGUUUGCAAUAAUGUCAAGAGUUAAUAAAGUCAUUGUAGGUUCCCAUCUUGUAAUGGCUGAUGGUGGUGUUAUGGCGGCAAACGGAACUGAAGCUAUAGCUUUGGCUGCCAAAUACCAUUCAGUUCCAUUUAUAGUUUGUACUGGACUUUUUAAGCUUUCGCCAGCGUAUCUAUGUGGGCAAAAUCAGGAAAAUUUUACCGGUUUUCUCUCUCCAGAAAAUAUCGCAAUGUUCCGUGAGGGUAAAACAGCAUCAAAAGUUCGUGUUUUUAACCCUCUGGGGGACUCCAUAAAUGCAGGACUAGUUGAUUUAUUUAUAUCUGACGUUGGUGGAAACGUCCCUUCAUAUUUGUAUCGAUUGCUUACGGAACUGUAUCAUCCACAAGACUAUGAUUUAUAGUAUACCUUGUAAAUCGGAACAGUUCAGAAUUGUACAAAAUAAAUGUCUUUCGAUGAA